AUGAAGCCCAUUACACAAGACUGCUUCAUAUCGGGGCAUCCGGUCCAGCUAGAGGUCGACACCGGCUCUAGAGAUAAUUUCAUCUCCUUGAGCACAUGGCGCCUGCUCAACAGCCCCAAGAUGGCACCAACAAGCAGCCAAUACCGGUGUGCCUCUGACCAAGACCUUCCUGUCCUCGGAGUCUUCACAGCUCCGACUACGCUGGCUAAGGACGACAAACCCAAACAACAAAAGUUCGUCGUCACCCGUCUGCAGCUGAACCUCCUCGGUCGAGAAUCAUGCAGAAGCCUAGGUCUAUCCCUGGACCAGCUCCUGUACAACAAAGUCAGCAAGGUCUUCCAGGACAUCAAGCCUGAUACGUCCCUGCAGAGCUCCUGCCAGCAACUAUGUCAGGAGUUCCCAGACUUGUUCAAGAAAGAGCUGGGGACACUCAAAGACUUCGAGCUGGAGGUUCGAUUCAAGCCAGACGUCCAGUCAGUUUUUCACAAGCCUCGCCCAGUCCCUAUUGCAGUACAGGAAGAUCUGGAUAGUGCCAUUCAAGCCGGCAUCAACAGAGGUAUCUGGGAGCCAGUCCAGUUCAACUCAUAUGGUACGCCAGUGGUAGCCUACCUAUCAAGAAGAAGUCUCCACAAGGUCAGAGCAGUAUCAGAGUCUGCGGUGACUACUCUGUCACUGUGA